UUAAGCUACACAUGAUGCAUUUGGGGUUUCCCUUCAGAGGCUUGCUCUUAGUUUCCUCAAUUUGCAACAAGUUUGACAGACGAAUUGGAUCUCGACCGUGAGAGGACCUGCUUUAACAGCUGCUUGGACUUUAAAAAAAACAAACAAGUGCGACUUGCAUUGUUUUAACAACAUGAAGCAAGAAAUAAAGACGUCUUCGACAAAGAAGCCUAACAACAACCAAAAAAUGUCAAAUAAAGAUCAGAAGAGCAUCACGGAAUGCGCCCUCAACCUCCGAAAAAUUGGAGAUGUGGUCAAUUUAAAAUACAAACUUCUGGGCAUUUUAGCCAGAAAUAACGUGGCAGUGCUUAAAAAAAGUGAAAAAAAUAAAUAAAAAUGAAACAACAA